ACUGACGAGUUAUACACCACCUUCUACUUCCUGAGCUCAGAGCACCGCCGACUCUCAUCACCAUGAGGACUGCAGUUCUUCUGUCGCUGCCGAUUUUGGCGGUAUCCGCCUUUGUGGUGCCCGCUGAGGACCUGAGAGAGAGAAGUUCUAUCUUCGUCGCUGCUCCUGCAGUGGGCGCGUGCAACCCUGGCCAGUGCAGUUCCUUGUGCUUCAGGGAGGGUUACGACACUGGCAGCUGCCUCGGUGACUUCUGCCAUUGUACUAACCGCGCACGCCUCGACUCGGCUCCUGAAGUGGGUUCAUGCAACCUCGACGAGUGCACUUCCUCGUGCAUCAGGAAGGGUUACGAAGGAGGCAGCUGCCUUGGUGGUGUCUGCGGUUGCACUCAGCGCACACGUGCCGACUCAGCUCCUGAAGUGGGUUCAUGCAACCUCGACGAGUGCACUUCCUCGUGCAUCAGGAAGGGUUACGAAGGAGGCAGCUGCCUUGGUGGUGUCUGCGGUUGCACUCAGCGCACACGUGCCGACUCAGCUCCUGUAGUGGGUUCAUGCAACCUCGACCAGUGCACUUCCUCGUGCAUCAGGAGGGGUUACGAAGGAGGCAGCUGCCUUGGUGGUAUCUGUGGAUGCACCCAGCGCACACGUACCGACUCAGCUCCUGAAGUGGGUUCAUGCAACCUUGACGAGUGCACUUCCUCGUGCAUCAGGAGGGGUUACGAAGGAGGCAGUUGCCUUGGUGGUGUCUGCGGUUGCACUCAGCGCACCUAGAGUACCAGUACCAAAGUUAAGACUUGGUGUAGACUGUUUGUAAUUUUAGUUAAGCUUGAAAUAUAUCUUACAGUUACAAUUGGAAA